AUGGCGAGGGACUUCCCCCUGCCGCCGGUGGUCUUCAACGUGUCCACUCCCACUUUCCGCCAACGCCGCCAUAUCCCCGAGACCGUCCCCGCCCAACCACCCGCCUCCAUCGUCGACGAGAAGCCGCUUCUCGAGGAGCUCGGCAUCAACAUGCGUCUGGUCUGGCGUAAGACGCUCUCGAUCGUCCUCCACCCGCUCCGCUCCGCCGACCCUUCCAUCCACGCCGACGCCGAUCUCUCCGGCCCCUUCCUCUUCAUCCUCUCCUUCGGCCUCUUCCAGCUCCUCGCUGGGAAGCUCCACUUCGGGAUCGCUCUUGGGUCGGCCACCGUCGCGUCCCUCUUCCUCUACUUUGUCUUCUCAAAGAUCUCGGCCGGACGCCCUGGCGGUCCCGACCUACGCAGGUGCGCCAGCCUCGUCGGGUACGGCAUGCUCCCCAUGGUCAUCUUCUCCGCCGUCUCUCUCUUCCUGCCGCGGGGAGGUUGGCUCAUCUUCGGGGUCGCCAUGGGGUUCGUGCUCUGGUCGACCAGGGUCUGCGCUACGCUGCUAGCAUCCACCGCCAAGGACCAUAUGUGCCUCAUUGCCUUCGCCUGCUGGCUCGUCUACAUGCUCUUCGCUCUUCUCGUCAUCAUUUGA